AUGGAUAAGCUCAAGCAUGCUUUCGAGAAAGUAGGGCAUAGACGAUCUGCGUCUGUCGACAAGCACUCGAAGGAGGCAUCCAAGGCCAAGGAGGCAAAGCCGUCGACAUCCGAGACGCCUGCUUCCCCUGCGCCUGCCGAGGCUAAGGAGGAGAAGAAGGAGACCAAGGCGGAGGCCAAGGAAGAGGCCAAAGAAGAGACCAAGGAGGGCGAGGAGCACAAGCCGAGCAAGAACGAGCUGAAGAAGCGCGCAAAGGAGGCCGAGAAGGAGAAGAAGAAGGCCGAGCGCGCUGCAAAGCUGGCCGAGGAGGAAAAGGCGCGCCAGGCGGCUGCUCAGGCCGAGCUCGACAACGACUUUGCAAAGGAUCGCUAUGGCGAGCUGCCGAUGAUCCAGUCUGCGUCGCGUGAGGGCACCCCGCGCACGCAGAUCGCCGAUCUCUCCGCCGACAUGGACGGCCAGCAGGUCCUCAUCCGCGCGCGUAUACACACCACUCGUGCACAGGGCGCUAAGAUGGUCUUCAUGAACAUCCGUCAGCGCGAUCACACCCUCCAGGUCCUGCUCUCCCAGUCGGACGACAAGAUCUCGAAGCCUAUGGUCAAAUGGGUCGAGCAUCUCCCCAUCGAGGCUAUCAUCCUUCUCCACGGUACCGUGAAGAAGUCGCCCGAGCCCAUCAAGAGCGCAACCAUCUCGGACGUCGAGGUUCACGUCGACAAGCUCUUCCUCAUCUCCCAGCCUACCGACCGUCCAGCUUUCCUGGUCGAGGACGCCAACCGCCCCGACGCCGACUUUGAGAAGGAGGACGCUCAGUUCAACAAGGUCCUCCUGGAUACGCGCCUCAACAACCGUGUUCUCGAUCUUCGUACUACCACCAACCAGGCAAUCUUCAAGUUACAGGCGCAGGUCACCAAGUACUUCCGCGACUACCUCGAUGGUCAGAACUUCACGGAGAUCCACAGCCCUAAGCUGCAGGGCGCCGCUACUGAGUCGGGCGCAUCGGUCUUCAAGGUCUCCUACUUCAAGGGCGCCGCUUUCCUCGCCCAAUCGCCACAGCUGGCUAAGCAGAUGUGUAUCGCCGCCGACUUCGAGCGUGUCUACGAGAUCGGCCCCGUCUUCCGCGCGGAGGACUCCAACACGCACAGGCAUUUGACGGAGUUCACCGGCCUUGAUCUCGAGAUGGCUAUAGAGGAGCAUUACCACGAGGCGAUGGAAAUGCUCGACGGCAUGUUGAAGUACAUCUUCACGCAGCUCAAGCAGCAUCACCAGAAGGAGAUCGACACCAUCGGUCUUCAGUUCCCUGCGGAGGAGUUCAAGUGGAGGGAGGAGACUCUCAAGCUCACGUUCGCUGAAGCCAUCGAGCUCCUCAACGGCGCCGGCGCGAAUCUUCAGCCGCAUGAUGAUAUCAACACCGAGAACGAGAAGAAGCUCGGCCGUAUUGUCAAGGAGAAGUACGACGUCGACUACUACAUCAUCGACAAGUUCCCGAUGGCCCUUCGUCCAUUCUACACCAUGCCGGACCCGAACAACCCUGAACUGUCUAACUCUUACGAUUUCUUCAUGCGCGGCGAGGAGAUCCUCUCCGGCGCUCAGCGUGUGCAUGUCCCGAAGAUGCUUGAGGAGUCGAUGGUUAAGGCGAAGAUCGACCCAGCGUCGAUGAAAGGAUAUCUCGACGGCUUCCGCAUGGGAUGCCCGCCUCACGCUGGUGGCGGUAUCGGUCUUGAGCGCGUGCUGAUGCUGUUCCUCAAACUGAACAACAUCCGCCGCACAUCGCUCUUCCCGCGCGAUCCCAAGCGUCUCGAGCCCUAA